UCAAUUAAAUAAUCAUUCAAUGUUUUUUAAAUCAUACGUUCAUUGUGAGGUGACUCGUGCAUACGGAGAUAUUGCUAUUGAAAUCAUGAUGGUUCCUUUCAUAAGUGCAUUCACACCAAAUUCUCUUGUCAAAUCUGAACAAAUGUCUUUAAAUCUUUCAUGCGAACGUCUUCAAUAA